GCAAUGACGCAAUAGUUGUUUUGGAGGAAGUGAAAGAGUGGAGAGAAAAAAAAUCAGUCUAGGAAAGAACCCAGAGCAAAAGGCUCAAGCUCACAAAAUCGGAACUAAAACUAGAUAUUUGUAUUUAAAUUACUGUGGAGACAGUCUGAAAAUACUCAUCGGGAAGCUGGAUAUCAGAGCGAUAAGCAACACAAGCUACGGCCACCAACUCUAAACAUUUACAUUUUAUCUGGUUAGCUUGCUAGCUAUUUUGCCUGAGACAUUUAUUCAAAUCCAGUAAGAAUAGGCUGUCCUGAGACAGCAAGUCGGAAAACAGCGUUCUGGUGUGUUGGAAGUUGAAGACACGACAGAAUGACAUCCAGGAAGAAAGUGCUCCUGAAAGUCAUCAUCCUGGGGGAUUCUGGACUGCUGUUGGUUGGUUGUCCCACACAUCUACAGUGCCUUCAGAAAGUAUUCACACUAGGGUUCGCCGGGAUCCAGAUUUUCAUAUCAUCAUGCCGUCCUUUCAUCCCGGAUAUAAGAGUUGGGAAGACCUCCCUGAUGAACCAGUAUGUGAAUAGGAAGUUCAGUAACCAGUACAAAGCUACAAUAGGAGCUGACUUCCUGACCAAGGAGGUGAUGGUGGACGAUCGGCUCGUUACAAUGCAGAUCUGGGACACGGCAGGGCAAGAGAGGUUCCAGUCUCUGGGUGUGGCGUUCUACCGCGGGGCAGACUGCUGUGUGCUGGUGUUUGACGUAACUGCCCCCAACACCUUCAAGACUCUAGACAGUUGGAGGGACGAGUUCCUGAUCCAGGCCAGUCCCAGAGACCCUGAGAACUUCCCCUUUGUGGUGCUAGGCAACAAGAUUGACCUGGAGAACAGACAGGUGACGACCAAGCGGGCUCAGGCAUGGUGUCAGAGUAAGAACAACAUCCCUUACUUUGAGACCAGUGCUAAGGAGGCCAUCAACGUAGAGCAGGCCUUCCAGACCAUUGCACGCAACGCCCUCAAACAGGAGACUGAGGUGGAGCUGUAUAAUGAAUUCCCGGAGCCCAUCAAGCUAGACAGGAAUGACAGAGCAAAGACUUCAGCAGAGGCCUGCACCUGCUGAGGGGGAACAUGGACUAUCUUCUGUCUGGCUUUCUGGAAAACCCUUCUCUCUCCUCACCUGCUCCCCCUUACGGAAAGGACUGCAUCUCUGGUCUCUGCACCCAUGUCACAUCCCCCUCCCAUCAGAAUCACACUAAGUUCCCAGUUACAAACACAAUGACUAUAUAGCUCCUCACAUGCACCUCUAACACACAUUCCAAUGCCCAAAGAUCACAUGAGAGAAGAAUUAGUAGACCCCUGCCUGCCUGUUCCUGAAUCCAUAUCAUGAGUGAACCCACAACCUGGCCUGGCCCACCCACCCUGUCUAACUGUGUCCCCUCUUGGCCUCUCAAAUUGGGGGGACCAGAUGGAGCCAUGUCCUAAGAAUGCACUGGGGAACUCUAGAAGUGAUGGCUGAUGCUUUUUUACAUGAUUAUGAUAUCUUUGUGUCAUUGUCCUGAGACUUCUUAUCCUCUGUAUUUUCUGUUUAUCAGGAAUUUGUUUUGACUUGAAGUUCUAUAUUGCCUACCUAACUCUUGUCAAAUAAUCAGCUGAAUUAGAAGUUAUUUUUGUUCUUAUUGGCUGUCUAAGUUAAGCCAUCGGAAGCUUAUACUUUUUUGCACUUUGUUGUUUUACUGUUUUUUUUUGGGGGGGGGGGUUUAAAUGUUAAACUCUGAUUUGGGCAACGUCGGCUAGACCAACAACAAUACUGCUCCCGCCAUACUUCUCUACUAUCCCUAGGAAGCCUGUUGAUGCUAUAAAAAUACAAAAAAAAUACAAACAGAAGGCUAACUACGCCCUUUGUAGGGACUGGAGUGCAUUGGUUGGUUUAGUAGCCUCAUGUUGCAGGGGAAAUAUUUAUAAGUAGGCAAUGACAAGAGAAGAGCUGAUCACACAAACACAAUGAAAGACAAGAACUUUCUCCAUAAGAUAAUAAUACUAUUUGCUACUUAAUACUACUGCUACUAUGUGCUGUAUGUCCUUUGUCAGCCAUCUUGUUUCAAAACUAGAAUUACAGCUCUGUCCCUAUAUUUACAUCUGUCCACUUAUGUCUGUAUUCUCUGUCUCUGUUUCUGUCUCUGCUGGUAGCUCAGGAUGUCAAGUGCUUAAUAUUACAGGGACGGUGUAAAAAAUUAAAUAAAAGAUGAGAUGAAACAAUUGGAUGAGCUUUCUAUCAAUUACAAAGAAACAGUCCAAGGAUUUUCCCUCUUAACAAAAUAAUCAGUGUUAUGCCAAUGAAUUUGUUGAAAGUAAGUUUUGGGAUUUCAAAAGUAAUAAUAAAGGUUGAAUAUAAA